UUCAGUUACUAUACCCUGUUCUGAUCAACGUGUAAGAAAUCGAUUUUUUCUUAUAUUAUGAAUAUAUCUUUUUACAAGCUGUAGCUUUAAAUUCAUGAUUGACUGAAUACAUAUUCAAAAUAUCUACUGAAGUCGUAAAAAAUCAAUUGUUGCAUAGCAGGAACACAAAAACGACUGGAACUAAAAUUCAAUAUUUAAACAUCCCACGAGGCAAGGCUUUUGAAAAACCACAUGCAGUUCAAUAUAUAUCGACAGCCCCAAUAAACCAAGGAGGACAUGACUUUUUCUAGAGGACAGAAGAGAGAAUGAGAUGAAGCAAAAAAGAAAGAAAGAAUCAGAUGUCUUCAAACUGUACGAGGUAUAGAAUAAGUAACUAUGUAAGUCAACCCCAAAGGUACGUUGUAACAAAGGUGAUGUUAUCAUGGAGGAAAGAGCUUGUUUCGUUUGCAGUUUAGAUUACAAACUUCCUACUAGAAAACCACACAUAUUAGAGUGUUGUAUAAAAAAUGUAUGUAGCGAAUGUUUGGAAAAGAUAAUAGAAGAAAAGAGAUGUCCAAAUUGUCGAAAGACAUUGAAACAAACUUCACUUAAUUUAUUUCCCGUCAACGUUAAAAUCGAAGAAGCACUAAAUUUUGAGGAAUUUGGAGAUCUCAUAUGCUAUCAAUGCAAAGAAAACGGCUCUUCUGAUAAAGCAUCAAAAUUAUGUACAGACUGUGGACUAAUUUGUCAUUCAUGUUACAUAAGUCAUACUCGUAUGAAAAUAUUUGAAAAUCAUGAAAUUCGACCCAUACCAAAGGAAAAAUGGUCAAAAAAUUUAGAAGUCGCCUUUAAAAAGUCUUUAAAUUGUGAUAUUCACAAAAAUCAAAGAAAAGAAUCUUUUUGCAAAAGUUGUGAGAAAGCUGUUUGUGUAGAGUGCAUUGUAGAAUCACAUACAUGUACCGAGUGUCAAUCCAGUAUUUGUACGAUUGAUCAUGAGUUCGAGGAGAUUAGACAAAAACUGCAAAAAGACUUAGAUAGAAUUGAGAUGAAUGAAGCGGACAAAACAUGCCUUGAAUUAAUGGAAAAACGAACAUCAGAGUUUGAAAAUUUAGAAAAAGAAAUAGAAAAUUUAAAGUCACAUUGCUUAGAGGUAUUGAAAAGACAUUUUGAUGAAGUUAAAUCAGGGUUUCAAAAUAAAGCAAAGGUAAAAAAAGACGGCUAUGAAAAAACAAAGGAGCAAUUACAAAGGAUGAAAAACACUCAUAAAAAUUUGUGUGAUUUUAUAGAUGGAUCAUCAUCGUUGCAAAAUAAAGCAGGCUUCCUUCAGUUAGCACCAAAAGUAAUGAGUCAAACUGAAUGCUUACAAAAUGGAAUCAAGAAAAUAAAGGAAGAAGCUAUCGAUGUAACAGAAAAAAUUGACUACCUCAUGUGGAUAAAAGAAAUUUUAAGUGAACUUCAGUUAGCUGCUGGAAAGAAUGCAUCUGUAGAUUUCGCUUUAGAAGUCGCCGAGGAAUGCGAGAACUAUCCUUCAAUUAUCAGAAUUUUGUCUCACUAUCGUCGUCUAAAAAGUGCAAAAUAUCAUUUCGAUGGCAUAGAAGAAUUUCAAAACAACCAUGCAAAAGAAGUCUAUUCCGACAAUUCCGUGAAAAGUUACAGGGCGAAGUAUGAAAGAGCAAUGUUUCCACGAUAUGAAUAUCAUUUGGAACUGAUUGAUAAGAUGGUUGAUCGCGCUCAUCAGAUUGACGAUAACACCAUCACCCUUGACUUCUCAAAAUGUCCCCAAAAUACAAUUUUGGUAUAUGGGAGAGAUAAAGAUGUUGACACGAAUCUCUUAAAACCAUUGGUAUUAGAAGACUCAGUCGGAAAUGAUAACGUCUGGGAGAAUUUCAUUUUGCUUGCCUUCAUCGAUACCAAUGACGACGAAGAAGAAACCUUUGAUUCUAUUGAGAAUCAAAUGAAAAACUGCAUUUGGUGCAUCAUUAUUUCAUCAAACAACGACGCAAUGAAAUCCCAGGAUAGUUUAAUAGCUAAAGGCGUCACUUCUAAGUUCUCCAUUAUUCCACCCGAUCCGGAUGCAGUGUGGGACCAUCUUACAUCUGCCUUGGAGCUACCGUUGAUCGAGAUUUUACAAGAUGAGAAGAAUUGGUCAUCUUAUGUAUUGGAUGAUGUUCAAACAGUCCUAAAACGAAUAGAAAAAUGCUCCGACUUUCCAGGACUUGGAAAAGAUAAGCACAAAUCUUACGAUAUUCCACAAAAUCUCAGAAAUGUUUUGGAAAGAUUUGAAGAGGAGAUAGUCCGGUAUGGUUUCUAUUUCGAAAAAUUUCGUGUUAUAGUGAAAAACAAAAAUUUCGACGAAGUUAACGAAGCAUUGAGCGAAAUAGCGUCAGCUGACUUUUGUGAGAUAAUUGUCAUCAGUCAAGAUACUUUUAAGCUGCAUGAAAAGUUAGAGUUAUUUAAUGGGAGGCAUCAAGCUCAGGGGGAAAAGUUAUAUCAGUCUCCAAAGUCACACCAGCAGGGAGGCGAUUCCUCAAAUGUCAAUGACAAAUAUGGAACCUUGGGUUCACUUGCUCUUUUAAAUAAUGAAAAGACAGUUGCGCUGUCAUGUAGACAUGUUUGUUUUAAGGACAGUUAUGUUUACAUUGAAACUAAAGAAAACGAACGGAUACCUCUAGGGAAAUGUUGUUAUGUCUUAAAUGAUCGAAAGAUUGAAAGUGAUUUUGCAAUCAUUGAGAUUGAUAGUAAAAUGGAGGAAUACUUCUCCGUAAAGAAACUUCUAAAUCAUACAGGUGACCAAACAAAUGCUGAUGUUCUUUGUUUAGAAAAUAAUUUAGACAUCAGGGGAGAAAUUGUACAUAAGUUGGGUGCUGUUUCAGAAUGGACGCAAGGGGUAAUUGUCUGCUCAGAGAUCAUAGAAGGUCAACAAGGUAUUAUUGCGAUCAAAGGAAUGAACGGGGAGGACUUCGGAAAACCGGGAGAUUCUGGUUCAAUAGUAUUUAGAGAGAGUACAAGCGCAAGAGUGCGAAAACUUGAAGUUGUUGCUGUGUUGACCGCUGGGAAAUUAACCGAACAUGGAUCGAAAGAUCAAGCGAGCGGUGGUGAAAAAGAACAAAAGUUACAACCAAAAUUGGUGAUUUGCACGGUGUUUAAAGAUGUCUUUGAGAAAAUAAGGAAAGAAUUUAGUUAUGUAGAAUCUAUUGCAUUUUUUAACGAUUAGGCGAUUGAACGAGAAGAUAAUAUCUGGACUAUUUUUUACAUUAUACAUGUAUAAAUUUUUUUUCUCUAGAAAAUGUACUUGAAGGCAUUUUAACUUUGUUCUAUAUCCGUAUGAGAUAGUGCUAGAGUUUGUUGCGGAUACAUUUAGUGGGAAACCUACAAGGCAAAGGUCCAUUAACGUUACUUUUACUGUUUAGAUCUUCAUUAACGAUUUCACCCAAAUUGUUGUAUCUAACUUUUUUGUUAGAAAUAUUUUCGUACAUUUAUUUUUUCAUUUUUAGUGUCUCUGUGAUAUAACCACAUAUCAUAUUUCAUUUUCAUUAUUCAAUGAUACUAUAAUUGUACCUGGCCUAUUGCCCUUUAAAUCUGCAUCUUAGGGAAAAAAUGAGGUGUCAAAUGACAGCCGGGUUUUUGCGAUAAAAAUAAUGUAAAACUUAGCAAAUCAAAGAUAACAAAGCUUGUCGUGACAAGGCAUCACCUAUAGAUAAUGAUUGAUGCAAGAAAUAUGUGAGUCAUUUUUUUCAUAUAAAAUGAUUUAUUGGACACGACUAUUUUUCAUCAAAUCAUGUCAAAUAUCUUAUCAAUAGAAUUUAAUUCAUUUUAAAGAAUAUUCAAUAUUGUAUCAUAUAAUAAAAACUGUAUCAAACAAGAGAUCUUUGUAAAACACUUAUGUUCCCUUCUUUUUAAACAUAUGUGAAGAAAAUGAAUGGAAACUACAAAUAAUUAAAAAAUCUGCAAAGAAAAUGAACGGAACCUGCAAAUACUUGGAAUUUUUCUUUGCUCAAAGGGCAUAGCUCUGUCGAAAAUUGCUCGAUCGUACCUAAAAUUGAAUUGACCUAGAUAAUAUUAUCAAAAAUAUGUUCAUCCUUUGCGAAAAAAUGACCGGAACCUGCAAAUAAUUGUAUUUUUUUUACGUCGAAGGGCCAUAACUUAGUCGAAAAUUGGUCGAUCGUACCCGAUAUCGAACUUGACCUAGAUAUAAUUAUUAUUACCCUGUAUACCAAAUAGCAUUUCAAUAUGUUCAUCCUAUGCGAAGAAAAUGAGCCUAAACUGCAAAUAGUUAGAGUUGUCUAUGUCCAAGGGUCAUUACUCUGUCGAAAAAAGCUCGAUCGUACCCAAUGUUAAUCUUGACCUAAAUAUUAUCUCGAAAAACCUGUAUACCAAAUUUCAUUUCCAUAUGUUCAUCUCCUGCGAAGAAAAUGAACGGAAACUGUUGGAUGACCGACCGACCGACAGAGAGAAGCAGCAAGGCAAUAUGCCCUCCCUUCUUCGAAAGGGGGGGGGGGGCAUAAAUAUAUUCUAUGAUUUGAAUUUAUAUUAUAUAAUAUUACAUCAUAUCAUAUCGUAAAGAAGAAUCAUAUCAAACUCUUAGUCAGACUCAAUUUUGAUUCAUAUUAUAUCUUGCAUUUCAUAAUACAUUAUCAUGAAAAAUGACAAUAACAAACCGUCAACCAUCUCAAAAAUCCAUAAAACGAAAUAAAAAUUCAAAGCAGAGCAACACGGUCCUCCAAAUAGAUAGAGGUAGGAUCAUGUGUCUAGGAGGAAUGAGCAUCCUCUGCUGACUGGUCACACCCGCCACGUGCUCUUUGUCGUAAUCGGGGAAAAAAGCGGAAAAGUCCGUAGACAAUUGGGUGAUUAAUUAUGGUCUAACAAUUAGUAUGAAAAACGUCAGUCAGCAUGCGACCCAAGAUUGUAUUUGUUGACGAGAUAUAUACAAAAUACAAGAUACAUAUGAUAAAAUUCUAUUGCACACUAUUUUUUUUGACUAUGAUUCAACAUCAUUCUUAUCAUGAUAUUAGUACAAUCACAUCCACUUUGAAAGUUUGAUUUAGGUAGGCCCAGGAGCUUUUUCUUUUCCUGGCUUGCUUGAUAAUGUAUCUUAUAUGGUAUGCCAAAUUUUCACGAAAAUGAGCUAAACAUAGUUUCACAGUCGAUAAAGUAGGUUUAUUGGCUGUAAACUAUAGUUUACGGACAGAAAACUAUAGCCAACGACGUUAAUCUAUAUUUCAUAACUAUAAACCAUACUUAACGCGACAGUCUGUUUCAGAAUUCAUACAGUGACUGAAAACAAUAGUUUGCAAAACAUUUCGGCUGAUAAAUACAGUUUCACGAUUUGUGAACCUUUGAUUAACUAAACUAUAAUGAGCCUUUCUGAUUAAUUAAUUUCACAAAUCGUGAAAACUUUGAUUAACUAUUCUUUAAUUACAUAGAGAUUAUAUCUAUAGUUUACAAACGGUGAAACUAGUUUUUGUGAAUGAUAAUGAUAAUGGCGUGCCGUAAUCUGAAGGUAACCUUGUUUCAUAUCCAUAGCUUCAUGAACCAUGAAUCAUAGUCGAUUAGGAUAAGGAAUUCUUCCAACAUUCAAACCUGCUUUGAACUACAAAAAACUUCCAUAAUCAAAACCAAGCUCUGUGUUUGUAGUUACCGUAACGAUAAAUUUUGUGGGAUGAAAAUUGACCCGAGGACAUUUUCAACGUUGAAUAUUUAGAUCAAGGGUGUUGAAUAAAGACCCUGGUCCGUUGAAAUUGAUUGUGAAACCGAUUCUAAAUUAAAUCUUUCAUUCAUUUAACAUGCAACAAAAUUACGGUUAAAUUAUGUUUGUUCUUUUUAGUAAUGUGUUUUAACGUUAGCAUCUUUAAUCUUAAAUAACAGACGCUUGCAUUCAUGAAACAAUUUAUUUAUGUCCCGCAUUAUCCCUUUUUUAACCCUCUCGAUACAUACAUGUAACUAUUUUAAAUUUAGUGAACUAUUCAGUCCAGAAAUACAUUUUUUAUAUACAUUUUAUAUUGCUACAUUGUAUUUGCUGGAGGAGUGUAUAUACGAAAUUCACAAUACAUCAUAUUGCUUUAUUUUGUAUUUUUACUUGAAAUUGCCCAUAUUGUAAAUUUCUUGGUGGGUGUAAAUAUACAAUAUAAUAUAUUGUUAACUUUGUUUUUACACCCACUAAGUAUAUUUAUACUGUAAACUCAAAAAUAUAAUUAUUAUUUACAUCCUCCUGGUAAAUUCACAGCAUAAUACGACAUAUUUACGCCUGCC